UGAGUACUGCUGAGUACUCCUAAAAGCACUGACAAUGGCCGUGAAUAGCACUUUCACGCCGAAGGCGUCCCUGACAGACGCUCCUACCAACCUGAAGGAGGCCAUUGACUGGGUCCUAAGGGUAACUGGUAAGGAUGGUAAUGCAUUGAGUGAUGAUGAAUGUAUAUGUGGCCUGGCGGCGGCAGUGACUGACCUACUGCAGUCAGUACAACUGGAGUACAAUGGCUAUCAAGGUGAUGUUAAGAAUGGUACUGACAGCGGUGACAACAAGGGCGCCACCAGUGACAAAGUCACAGAACACCUCAACGGACUCUUCUCCCUAGUCCAGGGACUAGGUGGUACUGCAGUGGUCCGGACCUACAUAGACCAGCUAGCACAGGUACUCAGUGCACUCGUUGGAUGGAGUAAGAUAGUGAAGUGUGAUAAGGGUGGCUGUGAUCACGGCAAACAAGGCAGUGAGAACUGCGAGUAUCUAAAGGAUAAAACGCCGGAGAACAAGUGUGACUCUUGUGGGUGUAUGAAAUGGAAAGUGAAGGAUCCGAACAACGAAGGAACGCCACUGGGAAGGAAGUGUACAAGGUGUAGUGAUAGUGGUGGUAGUAGUACGUGUAAGUGUAGUGGUACCUGUAGUCCUGGCCAGCAGUGUCAAUGCGCUUUAGCGGGCAAAUGCUGCAAGUGUUAUUGUAAGGAAGACUGUAAGGAAAAGUGUAAGAAGGAUGCCAAGUGUAUCUGUGAUAAAGACAUUUAUAUAUCAGCAUAUCCCAAAACUACAGGAAGUUGGGCAGAAGGGGGCUAUACAAUUACAUGGGCUCAACUUGGUGACACCACGUUUGAUAACGAUGGUGCUGUAAACCCCUCCCAACGCCGUCACCAAUGUGCCCAUAUCCUCCUGGGAUCAGUAUGUCUCAUCUGGAGUGGACUUACUUAUAUGUAUUGGACUGGAAAGUACGCCGAGACUAGCCCCCGUUGGAACAAUCACAUCCUGGAUGGUAGUGGUCUAGAUGAUGGUACCCUAUCCCAAUGGCUACAGGCCUUAGGGUUUCCUAGGGAAAUGUUGAACAACAGUGGCCCUGGAAAUAGGUUGGAUGCUGUUAUAUGGGAUGGGUUUAAGGAAAAGUUUUAUUUGGGAUUCCCAGAUACUAGUAGCGAUAAUGGCCAUGGCCAGGACAGUUGGGAUAAUUCAUUUAGGAAUCCAGCUGGUAUGAACUUUGCUGGAUACAUACAUACCUUAGAGAAGGGGGCAUUUGGUGAUAGUGUCUUUAAGGCAGAUAAGAGUGUCCCUGACCAGAAUAAGCUCGGUCCGCUCUAUAAGCUCUACAUUCUGUCAUGUGCCUACUUUACUGGAUUACAGAAGAAGACUCCGCCGAAGGCGGACAAUAAGACUCCCCGAACAAUCCGGGAGAUCCUAUACUGGCUAAGUGCAUUGCCAUAUAGUCAGGCAUAUAAGCAGUUACUGGACUAUGCCAAGGGAAGACUCACAGAAGUACUCAAGAAACCCGAGGACACUGCCUCUAGCAGUGAAACCGAGCAGCCACAACUCAAAUUCCAUCAAACAGGCCGUUGGGCUCCCAUUACCGUUCAUGAAUACAACCUGUUUGCCCACUUCCAAGCAGUGACCCAGUAUUGCCCAUUGGUCCUCAUCGGUAUCCAAGGAGGAUUACACAGUCCUAAAGGCACUGACUCUCACAAAGAACCACCCAUCCACUCCCUCUACGCUAACACUGAGUGUAACUUCACCUAUCCCACCGUGUCCAUCCAAGCAUAUAACCAGGUGGUACACUACAUUAGGGGUCUAUUCUAUCAACUAUACUUCCUUAGGAAGCAAUGUGCAGUGAAGGUGGCUAUGGGAGGGAAGUGGCGUGAGUGUAGGUAUGGGGAUGGAGUAGUGUCAAAGGGGGUAAUUAGCUGGAUGUGCCUGGGGUGUAACCCCAUGGAGCAUGAUAGGAAUUAUAGGGUAAAGGAGAUGGGGAAGAUGUUGGAUGGGGUAGUACAGAAGGUAAAGGCAUCAGCGUCAAACGGGGUAGAGCACAUAGAAACGGCCAGAAAUCUACUUUGGAUGAUUGGUGAUGUCGUGGUACAAUUGGGUAAUGCACAGGAGGCAUUGGAAAGGAGGAAGGGGGAGGAGAUCACUAAGGUGAAGGAUGCACUGUCGAAGGCUAAGGAGGGACUGGAGAGGGCUAGGAAGAAACUGGAGGAGGGGGAGGAUCUAGACGAGACUGAACUAGAGGAGGCUAAGAAGGAACUAGAGGCGCUGACGAAGAGUGGUAGUGGAGCACUAGAUACACUAGUGAAUGGUGGAACUGGGUCAUUACAGCAGGUAGGGAGUGAAUUACAAAAGUGGAAGAAGGAUUACAGUAGUGCCAAGGACAGGAUAAGUGAGGUUAUCAAUAAGGUAAGGGAUGUAUUGACAGUAUUAGAGAAGGGACUGCCACAGGUGAAUGGCCAACUGAAUGGCCACAAAGAUGAGUUCACUAAGGCCAUCAAAAAGCUCGAAGACAUCUGCAACUCCCCCAAAUGCCCACCCUGUAAUGACCACAUAAACAAGUGUGGCCGACAGGGAGUGAAGAGGACCUGUAAGACCUGCCACCAACAGUACAUGGACGGCACACCAUCUCCUCUCCAGGCCUUCCUCGAGGAUAGGCUACCAGGCUUUAGUUGCGAGGUGGUACGAAACACUGACACAGACAAAGACACAGUGUACCCACCUGCUGCAUCCCACUUGGGACACUGUGGUGGCUCAGGUCAGUGCUGUCCAUUGCCAAUGGGUUUCAGAGGGCAAUUCCAUAGUGGCAUCCGUGAUUGUACCGGUAAACGCCUUUAUGGUCUACUGUACUUCUUCAGUAACGAGAACAUGAUGCAGUCGUGUGUCUAUACACUGGUGAGGGUAACAGCAGAACUAAGUGCUACCACACCACAGGUACUGGGUGAUGUCUUUGGGUUCUUUAGGGGUGGUGUGGGAAACAAGGAACAGGGGGAGGGAGAGAAGAAAGGACAGACGUGUAGUCACGAUAAAGACCCCUCCAAAGAGAAGGAUAUCUACUUUUGCGGCUGGUGUGCCUCUGGGUUACGGGAUGAAGUAAGAAAGAUAGAGUGGAUACCAUUUGACGGUAAACCAGGUGGACAAUACAUGGACAAAGUCGGUAAAGCACUUAUACAGAUUAAAGGUGAUAAAGGCACUGGUACGACUGCAUAUUCCAGUGCUGGUACCACUACGUCUGCCCUCUCGACACUCACUGACAGUAACCACUACGUAUCCCCCCUAACCGGUGAGCUUUAUACAGCCGUGAGUGCUACGUUCGGUGGAACAUACCUCUCAUGGGUACUAUACCUAUCUGAUGCCCUGGAAGGUGGAUUAAAGUCACUGUCAGAGGCAUUCCAACAGAUUGAAUGCAAUGCGUGUAAAGGGCAAUGUGACCCCAAUAAGUGCAAAAAAGGUGAACACGGACAGAAGAGUAAUCCUCAGGACGCUAAGAGCACUCCACUCUGUCAGUGCCAAUCAAUUGUAUCAUGUACCGGAGUCCUGCCGGUAUUGUAUAGACAUGGGUUCGGCUACGGUAACCCAUUCAAUCUGGAGGGGUACCGGCAGGGGGAUGGGACGGAGAAGGGAGACUAUAGCAUACAGAAGGAAGACAAGUCUAUUAAGCACUGUCACGAGUUCCUAGAGAGUCUAAGCAAAGUACUAGUGGACAAGAAGGACACCACUCAGACGCACCCCCUCACCAAUCUCCUAAAGCAAGUCGGCCAACUCCAAUACGACAUACGGCUCCCCUGGAUCUUUGUUCUCACAGUGGCCUGGCUAGUAGCGGUGCUAUACCUCGCAUUUGGUGCCAUAUGGCCACUGGACUGGGUACAUAUGAGGUCGCAUUGUAGGGGAUGGUUCAGUAAGGGUUGUGGUAGUAAACGUUGUGCUGUACCUACCUAAAAAACUGAAUCAUGAGUAACAUAUACACUAAUAAGUGUGAUAG